AUGAUUAAUUGUAUCUAAGGAUUGUAUGAGUAUCUUAAAUAAGAGAAGAAUGAAGAUCUAUUCAUUAUCAACAAUGGAGGAAUUAAACUAAUCAAUCCAUCAUAAUGGAAUUUUGAAAAGUCAUAUUCAAUAUGUUUAACAUUCAAUCCUUAAGGAGAUGGAACACUCUUCUAAUUUUCAUCCUCUCAUAUUGAUGGCAAAAGAAUUAUUGCUAAUGGAGUACAUUGUUAUAUAAUGGCUGGAUUCAUAUUCUAUAAAAUUGUAUAUUAGAGAUUCACACUUGAAAAAGUUAUACUCGAAGAUUAUUCUUCUAAUAAUCAAUUGGGAGAAGUACUUAUCAAUGCUUGGAAUGAAUUAAUCAUUUCACAUGAAUGUGGAAAAUUAUAUUCCAGACCAAAGUUUUUAUAUUCAAUUAAUCAGAUUAAAAAUACUAUACACAUCGAAUAUCCAAAAAUUAGAAAUCAGAAUCUAGAAAUCCUUUACUUUUAAAAUAUUAUGUGCAAAGUCAAAGAAAUCUCAAUUUAUAAUGAAGUUGUUGAUCUACAUCUUAAAUCUCCAUUUUAUUAAAUAUAUCCAAUUUAUGAUCCACAUUCAACUCAAAGACUUAAUGAUAGAAUCUAAAAUGUUGUCUAUCAACUUUAAGGUAAUACCAAAAUGACAUCUGCAUUAUAAAAAUAUGAUUUUGUUGAAUUCGGAGGAAUCAAAUUACUUAUUCCAUUAUUUGAUCUUAUUUAAUAUUAUGAUCAUUCUCUUAUUGAUGAUUUAUUUCAAAUCCUUUUUUAUACUCUAUUAUAAGAUAGUCAAAUCAAUAAAAAUUAAAUACUUGAAAUGAAACUUUUUUAAUAAAUUGCUUAAAUUAUCAAAGUCAAAAUACCAAAUCUAUUUUAUAUUUAAUAAAUCAAAUAAAAAAUUGAAGAUUAAGAUAUUUUAAAUCAACUUUUAUUAUUAAUCAUUGAUAUCAAUUUCAUUAAACAUGUCACUGAUGAAUAAUAAUAUUGCAUUCUAUUAUAAUAAUUCUAUAUCAACGAUCAUUAAAAAUAUUUAAAAGUAACCACAAUCUAAUAUUUGGCAUAAAUUUUAGUUAGUGUCAAUCAAAAAAAUUUAAUCUAAGAUCAAAUUCUAUAAAUUAUGAUUUACACUUGUUAAUAUAGCUUUAACACAUUAAAAGAUUAAUUUAAACUCUUCUUAAAAGUAGCUGAAGCCUCUAAUAUUUAACUCAAAAUUAAAGCUAUUCAAAGUGCAACCAGAUUACUUACAGAUUUAUUUAGAGAUGAUUACGAAAAUUUCAUUAUUUUUAGAAAUUAUAAUAUCUAAAAUAAAAUUCUAAAUGAUAUCUUACUUCUCUUACAAACUGAUAGUAUUGAAUGUUUAGUAGCUUCUAUUACCUUAUUAGGAUAAAUGCUUCAUGGAACAACUGAUAUUUUAAGUUUAGGAAUGAUCUCAUAUAUUUCAAAAGCUAUCUGUAUAAACAAUAAUUUAGAUAAUCUUUUAAAUGCCUUAACUCAAUUACUCAAAAUUAAUUGCUUAUCUGUUGAUAUCCUUUAACAUCUAUAUUCCUAAAUCAAAUCAUAGAAUAUUUUGGAUUUAUACCUUAAUUAUGUCAAAAAAAUUAGUUUUUAACAAUAACAACUAAUACUUUAAUAAUAUUCUAUAUGGUUUUUAGAUUAAAUUAAAUCUGAAGUUAAUUUAAAACUUUUGGAAAUUUAUCUUUAUCUUCUAAAAUAGAAUCCUUAAUUCAUGUUUUAAAUAUUAAUCCAUUUUUAAAUUAGAAAGGAUGUCUCAGCACUCAUUAUUGUUGUUAAUGAAGUAAUUGAAUAGUUUAAUGAAGAUCAAAUUUACUCAGUCUAAUAGAUAAUGUUAUAAAUUUAUUUCUCUGUUCAAUCAUUUAAAAAUUUUGAAACAUUUUUAACUAAAUUAAUUAAAUAUGUUAUAUAUUUAGAAAAUGAACAAGAAUUAUCUAAAAUAGUUGAAUAAAAAGAACUUCCAUUUGCAAUUCAAAAAAUUAUUAAUUUAAGUUGUCCAUUAGAUAAGUUAAAAGAAUGGUUAUUCUAUUUUACCAAACUUUUUGAAUAAAUUUAAUAUCUUAAUACAGAAGCUAGUGAUAACUUUAUGAAUUAAAUUAUUGAUUUGCUUAAAGCCAUUUAAUCCUAAUCUUAAGAUUAAUAAAUUAAGGAAAACAUUGAGUAUUUUUUUACUCAAAAUGUUUUAUUACUUCAAUCGCUAUCUUAACAAUAAGCAUAAGUGUUUGAUUCAAUUAAAUUCUAAGAAGAUUUUAAUGCUUUUCAAGAAUCUUUGCUACUUUAAUGGGCACAAUCAUAACAAGAAAUUAAAAUGACUUAAUCUGAAUAAUUAUCUAAAUUAACUGAUGAAAUAAAUUUAGCUGCAGCAUAAAUGUAAGUAUCAAUUUAUUAUUUGAUCAAUAAAACAAGAAAAAUAAGAUAGAGAUGGUGUAAAUUAUGGCAUAAUUUAAGAAUCACUGUUUAUAGACCAACAAAUUGCAAAUUUUAAAUUGAUGAAUAUAUUGAUCAUGAAUACAAAUUUAAUGAAAAUCCUUUUUAUAUAAAUAAAAUUUGCAAAUACAUAAAUAAGUAUUAUUCACGUCCAAUUUUAAAAAUAAAGUUUAAAAAGAACCCUUAAUUUGAAAAUGAUCCAUAAGUAAAUUUGGAAAAGAAAUAAUAAUAUAAAUGUUUUUGGUUGAAGAGUUUGUAUUUAAAAUAAGGGGGAGUCACAAUAGAUGAGGAUAAAAUAACAUUUUCUUAUUAUUAAUAUACUUAAUAAGCAAAUCAUAUUAUUUUGUUAUCACACACAAUUCCAAAUAAUAAACCAUUUAAGAGAUCAUGGAAGACAAAUUAGAUAAGAUGGGUUCAUGAGAGAAUAUAUAUAAGAAAUAGAAAUGCAAUUGAAAUUACAUUCAAGGAUGGUGAGUCCUUAUACUUGAUAUUUUAAGAUGAAGGAUCGAAAGAAGAAGUUAUUGAGAGAUUGAAUAUAUAACCAAAUCAAUGUGAUUUUAACAAGGUUAGCAAUUUCAAAUAUUUAAUGUAUUUGAAUUUUCUAUCUUGCAGAUCAUAUAUAGAUUUAACAAGAUAUCCAGUAUUUCCAUGGGUUUUAAAGGGAAAUGCUUCAGAUUUUGAUGAUAAUGAUAUAGAAUCAAUAUAAAAUGAGAAUAAUUAUAGAGAUUUAUCAUUACCUAUAGGAGCAUGUGGAAGUGAAGCUAGAUUAGAUUAAUUUAUAAAGAGAUUUGAAAAUGAAUACUUUUAUUAUGGAACUCAUUAUUCAAGUUAAGCUUUAGUAUCUUAAUAUUUGAUAAGAUUGAGUCCAUUUACAGAAGCAGCUAUAUCAAUUUAAGAUGGUAAAUUUGAUAUUCCAGAUCGACUUUUUAGAUCAAUAAUGAAAUCAUGGAUAGAUUGUAAUAAUGAAAUGGCUGAUGUUAGAGAAUUAAUUCCAGAAUUCUUUUAUUUACCAGAAGCCUUUAUAAAUAUAAAUGGUUAUAAUUUUGGUAAGUUAUAAAAUAGUUAAAUAGUAAACAAUGUUUAAUUACCAUUCUAUUCAAAUAAGAAUCCAUUUUAUUUUGUAGCAUAAAACAUGAUUGCAUUAGAAAGUGAGUAUGCAAUUAAAUUAAAUGAAUGGAUUGAUUUAAUUUGGGGAUAUAAAUAACAAGGAAAUGCUGCAAUUGAUUCAUUUAAUGUAUUCUAUCCAUUAACUUAUUCAAACUUUGAUGAAAACAAUAUAGAAAUUAAUGAGUUAGCAAUGGAAACUUAGAUUGCACAUUUUGGAUAAACACCAGAAUAACUAUUUUAUAAACCUCAUGCUUAAAAAAACUAUGUAUUAGAUAAGAAUUAAUGGCAGACAUUAAAAAAUAAAAAAUCAUAAUGUAAAAUAAUUUAUUUAGUUUGUAAUCAUAACAAAGUAGUAAGUUUAUAAGAAGAUUUUACAUUAAUUUAAUGGUAGAUUGUUAAUAAUUAACAUUAAUAAUUAGAAAAAUAAGUUUAAUUACCUAAAAUACAUUUUGAUGCAAUGAUUAGAUUCAUAUUACCACCAAUACUUGUAUUGAUUGAAUAAUAAAUUAUAUUAUUUGGUGGAAACAACAAUGGAACACUUAUCUAUUAUUGUUUAGAUAAUUUGAAGAUUUAGGGAGUGAUUGAAUUAGAAAGUGAAAUAAUAAACAAUCAUUGCACUGUUACUACAAUAGAUUCUAACAAAUAUCAAAAUAUAGUUAUAAUAGGAACAAAUAAGGGUUUUGUGUAUUAUUAUAAUAAGGUUCUUCAAAAUAAAUAAGAUGUAAAAUAGGAGGAAUUAUUAAAAGGUAAAUAUGUCAUUUACGACACGACAUCACAAAUCAAUUCAAUUUCAAUUUCAGAAUAAUUGACCAUCUUUUGUGUUGGAACUCAAGAUGGUACUAUAUUUAUAUAUAAUUUGUAUAAUCGUACUCUCUUUAGAUUUAUCAAUCAUCCAAAACAAUUACCGAUUUUUUAUUUAAAAUUAAGUUAUUCCCCAUUACCUUGUAUUUUGUUUAGUUCCCAAGAUUAAAAGAUUGUAACUUAUUCAAUAAAUGGGUUCUUGUUAUAAAUCCUAUAAGUUAAAGCAAAUAUAGAAUAUAUAGAAAUAAAGAAAUCUUCUAUAAACACAUUGGUAUACAAUUUUUAGUUUAAAUUUUAGAUUGUACUCACAGAAAAUAAUGUUUGUGAAUACAGAUUACCAUUUCUGGAUAGACUAUCAAUUGUGCCAACUUAAGUUUGUACAAGGUAUGUUUAGAUAACAAAACAAAUUUCAAUAUAUGGUUGUAACAAUGGUAAUCUCUGUAUAAUUUGA